AUGGCAGACCCUGAGCCCGUUGCUAUCAUUGGCAUGGGUUGCCGGUUACCCGGCAACGUCGGGAGCCCCGAGGAUUUGUGGCGGCUGCUGAGCGAGGGCGGCUCGGGCUGGGGUACUGUACCGGCUGACCGCUGGAAUGCCGAUGCCUUUUAUCACCCCGAUGCCACCUCCAUCCAGGCGUACAACACGAAGAGCGGAUAUUUCUUGAAGCAAGACGUGGCCGACUUUGACUCGAGAUUCUUCGGCUUCGGCUCACACGAGGCCGACGUGACCGAUCCCCAACAGAGGAUCCUCCUGGAGACAACCUACGAAGCCUUGGAAAAUGCUGGCCUUAAUAUCGAGAGCCUUAGAGGCUCUGAUACGGCCGUGUUUGCCGCGCUUUUUGCCCGCGACUAUGACCGAAUGGGCUACAAAAACCUCGAGACACUGUCCAAAUUCCACAUUGGAGGGACUGGGGAGGCCAUCAUUGCGAAUCGGAUCUCGCAUUUCUUCGAUCUCCGGGGUGUCUCCAUGACAAUUGACACCGGCUGCUCUGGUAGCUUGGUUGCGCUUCAUGAAGCCUGUAUCGCCCUGAGGACGGGGCAAUCUAGGAUGGCCAUUGUCGGUGGAACCGAGAUCAUAUUACACCCCGAUCAGAACGUGUCCAUGAGCUCAGGCGGUAUGCUCAAUUCGGACGGCAAGUGCUUCACCUUUGACAGCAGAGGAGCCGGGUAUGGCCGCGGGGAAGGCGUUGCCUCUGUCGUGGUCAAGCGGUUGAAGGACGCCCUUCAUGACGGUGACACAGUUCACGCCGUAAUUCGAAACUCGGGAGCCAACCAAGACGGAAAGACAACCGGAGUCACGCUCCCAAACCCGGACGCCCAGGAGGCUUUGAUACGCGCUGUAUAUGCGGCGGCUCGUCUGGACCCGCACGAGACGCCUUAUGUUGAGGCUCACGGCACGGGGACCCAGGUCGGUGACCAAGCCGAGAUUCAAUCUCUCGGAAACGUGUUUGGUGAAAAGGCCCGGGCGAGGCACGUUUACGUAGGCUCGGUCAAGACCAACAUCGGCCACUUGGAGGCGGCCAGCGGUAUCGCCGGGCUAAUCAAGGCUGUCCUGGUGCUCAAGAAGCAACAGAUCCCGCCUAAUCUGAACUUCAUUGAACCCAAGCCAGGCCUUAGACUGGACGAGAGACAGAUUUCGGUACCCCUGGAGCUUGUUCCGCUGGUUCCGGAAGGCGAAACGACCCCCCUGAGAGUGUCACUUAAUUCCUUUGGCUACGGCGGCACAAAUUGCCAUGUGAUAUUGGAAACCCUGGAGCAGUUCAUCUCAGAUAAAGGCUCGACCAUUACCAAUGGGGCCGCCAGCAUCAACGGUGCCGUGUCUCACCUCACUGCCAAAGUGUUUACCCGAACGAACGGCACCCCGGAGGCCAAACAAGAAAAUGUGGCAUUGGAAACGGGUAUGCCUCUGAUCUUUCCAUUGUCGGCCAGUUCAGAGGCUGCCCUCGAUGCCAUGCCUGGACAAAUCCGGAUGUGGCUUGCAGGCCGAAAUGUUGUCGCUGAUUCCGACCUGAGGGACCUCUCUUACACCCUCGCUUGUCGCAGGUCGCUGUUCAAGUGGAGGAAAGCCUUUGUGGCGUCGGAGCUGGCGCAGCUUACGGCAACACUAGAAGAGUCCAAGGUCUCUAAGACACGAGCCGCGCCACGGGCGAACAUCGCCUUCGUCUUUACCGGCCAGGGCGCACAAUGGGCAGGCAUGGGUGCCGAGCUGAUUUCUUCCUCGCAGACAUUCAAAGAGUCCAUUCAGAAGUCAUCUGAAAUACUCAAGGGUUUGGGCUGCGAGUGGGAUUUGGUACAAGAGGUGACCAAACCGACGGCCGAGUCACGGAUCAAUGAGAGCGCUCUGGCGCAACCCACAACGACGAUACUCCAGAUGGCCUUGGUUGAUACCCUGCUUGAGUAUGGCGUCCAACCCAAGUCCGUCGUCGGGCACAGCUCCGGCGAAAUCGCCGCAGCAUACGCCGUCGGCGCCCUGACAAGGGAAGGGGCAAUCAUGUGCUCGUUCUUCCGGGGUCGAUAUUCUUCUGUUGCCAGGAAGCUCAACGCGCUACCCGGCUCGAUGCUGGCCACGGGCUAUGGCGAGCAGUCUGCGCUCCAGACAAUCAAGGCCGCCAACCUUGACAGCGAGAAGGGCCGCGUCACCAUCGCCUGCAUCAACAGUCCGGCCAGCACCACUCUUUCUGGAGAUGAGCCAGCCAUCGACUACAUCCAAGAAAUGCUGGUUACGGGGGGCGUGUUUGCACGCAAGCUCAAGGUCGAAACAGCCUAUCACUCCCACCAUAUGGAGAAAGUGGCAGCCUCCUAUUUGGAGUCACUCGAAGGACUCGCCAGUUUCGAGGCCCGGGAGGACACGUUCUAUUCGUCGGUGACCGGAGAUGCGAAGAUCUCUGGGUUCGGACCAGCAUAUUGGGUCGACAAUCUCGUAUCCCAGGUCCGUUUCAGCGACGCAAUGACUGCUCUUGUCCGGAGCAUGGCAGACACGGGAUCCCAGGAUGUCGCGAAUGUCCUGAUCGAGAUCGGGCCACACCCGGCACUGCAGGGCCCGAUCAACCAGAUCCUCUCGACGAUGCCAGGUUUCAAGUCCGCGUACAUGGCUCCGCUGUCGAGAGGCAAGAAUUCGGCAGAGUCAUUUUCGGCAUCCAUCGCCCGGCUGUUCGAGCUGGGAGCCAAGGUAGACUUCAAGAGUCUGUUUACCACCCAUCAUCAACCGGCCGCGCAAGUCAUCGGCGACCUUCCCCCAUAUCCGUGGGACCAUCGCGUCAAACACUGGUCCGAAUCCCGUCUCAGCCGCGACCACCGAUUGCGCCGCUUCCCGUAUCACGACCUGCUCGGCGUGUACGACGUCAUGAGCCCGAUCGACGAGCCCCGCUGGCGGCAUCACAUCAAUGUGCAGAGGCUUCCUUGGCUCAAAGACCACGUUGUUGACGGCAUGGUCAUCUUUCCGGGCGCGGGCUAUAGCACGAUGGGUGUUGAGGCGAUGAAACAGCUCGUUCAGAUGCAAAACCCCCAAGAGGGAGCUAGGAUUGCCAGCACCAUCAUGAAGGAUGUGCGCAUUGCCCGUCCCAUCAUUCUACCUGUCGAGUCGACAACCGACGGUCCCGGCGGGGAUAUCGAAGUUCAGCUGAUUCUCAGCCCGUCCAAGAUUAGCGAGAACAGCCCCUGGUACUCAGUGCGAAUUCUUUCCCUGCAGCCGGACCAAACAUGGGCCGAGCAUGUGUCCGGCAUGAUCCGAGUCGACCUAGACUCUUCUGCUGGUGCUGCUCUGAAGCCCGAGGCUCCCGGCGUCUUUCUUGGUGAGGAGCACAACGCGCCGAUCGAAGAGGCGUUUGAAGCGUUGAAGAGGAUCCAAUCCCUGGCUCAGGAGAAGAUGGAUAUGGAAACAUUCUACGAUGACCGGAGAGCGGCGGGCAACGACUGGGGAGCCAGCUUUGCCCUUCUGACCGAGGCUUACAUCGGUCCCGGGGUUGGCCUGUCCAAGUUGAACAUUCCGGAUAUCGGCCAGUGGAUGCCCUUCGGAUAUUUCCAGCCGCAUCUGAUUCACCCCACCACUUUAGACGCGUCCAACCACAUGCUCCCGGCCAUAUUCCACCGGGAAAUCACCAAGGCACCCCUGAUGCCCGUCACCACUGAGGAGUCGGUCUUCUACGGUCAUCUCUCGAGCAAGCCGGGCGACGAGAUGCUCGUUGCCAUGGAGCUCAAGCCUCAGGGCAAGAGCGCAGCAAGGGGAAAUGUCUGGGCGUUUCAGCACGACUCUGUCACGGGCAAGCUGACGCUUGUGUCCUCGGUGAGGGGUCUCUUGAUGCGCGCCGUUGGCGAGGAAGCAAGUCCAGCCUCGUCCCGGCGGCCGUUCGAGCGCAAGCACAACUACCAGGUGUACUGGAACGACGAUCCGGAUUUCCUCGCCGAGUCCUCCUUUGCGCGUCUGGUUGGUCCACACGUUGCGAAAGGCUCAGCAUUCCUCGAACAACUCAGCGUCACCGAGAAGGCAACAGCCAUCUACCUUAGCGACGUCAAGGACAUGCCCAUGAUCCAGGCCCCCGAGACCGCCCCGCUACCCCAUCUGUGUGAAUUCUCGCGUUGGAUUUCCGACGCUGUCCAUUCAGAUGCUUGCAGCGACGCCUGCACAUCCCUGAGUGAUGAGGAGCGUGCCCAAACGCUCGACAAAUCCGCAAACUCCGGCAUCGAGGGCGAAAUGCUCGGCCGCAUCGGCCGAAACCUUCCCGACAUCCUGACAAACAGCGUCAACCCGCUCGAGCUGCUUGUAGCCGAUAACCUGCUGGAGCGCUUCUACAAAGAAGGGCCGUUCAAGCCGCUGUACAUGCAAAUGGUGCAGUACAUGCGCCUGCUGACCAACAAGAACCCGGGGAUGGACGUCCUAGAGAUUGGCGCCGGCACGGGAAGCGCCACGUUACCGCUGUUUGAGGCCAUGGGCGACGAUGCGUCGGACCUGAUCCACAGCUACACGUACACCGACAUCUCGUCCGGCUUCUUUGAGACGGCCAAGGAUCGGCUGGAUCGGUGGAAGUCGAUCAUCGACUAUAAGACGCUGGACAUCUCCCGAGAUCCCGUCGAGCAAGGCUUUGAGGCGAACUCCUUCGACCUGGUCGUGGCUUCAAACGUGUUGCACGCAACCAGGUCAAUGCGUGAAACCAUGACCCAUGUCAGGAAGCUGCUGAAGCCUGGCGGCAGACUGCUUCUCGUCGAGGUCAAUAGGAGUACGGCGGUCGUCAGCCGGAUCCUCGGAACUAUCUUUGGUACUCUUCCCGGGUGGUGGGAGUUUGCAGACGGCCGCAAAGAUUCACCGUUGCUCACGAAUGGCGAGUGGCACGAAAUACUACUUGAGACCUCCUUUGGCGGCAUCGAGUUUGCCUCUCCGGACUGCGACGGCCCGCUGGCGCGAACGUCCUUCAUCGUGUCCAAAGCCAUCGAGGACAGGAACGUGAGCCCACCGGCCGAGCCAAUCCCGGUCCCUGACUCGGUAUCAAUCAUCUUCAAUCCAGCUUCCCCCGUGGGGCGCUCAGCCGGCGAUGUUCUAUCCUCCGCGUUCCAGGAACAAAAGGUGUUGAGCACUGCCAGCUACACCUGGGACACGCUGCCCGCUGUUGAACAACAAGACGCUACCGGUGCAACCAUGUAUGUGGUACUUGACAGCGCAAAUUCGACCGUUCUCGAAAACCCAAGCCCGGACUUGUUUGGCCGCUUCCAAAACUUGCUCGUCAACUGCCGUAACAUUCUCUGGAUCACCUUUCAGGAAGAGGAUGGACCACAGGUCGCCCCUAUCAAAGCCUUGGUGAGCGGUUUGGCCCGCGUCGUUCGGCGGGAAAACGAAGGCAUCAGGUUCAUCACUGUUGAGGUUAGGGACCUGGUCCGCAAUCAUGGCGAUGAUGUUGCCUGUCUUGUCCAGGAGGUUUUGCGCGUUUCGCAACUGCUUCUCUCGUCCGAUGGUGGGCACCGCGUGACGGACGACGAGGAAUUUGCGCUCAGCGGCGACCGACUAUUGAUCCCCAGGGUCUACGCCGACAAGAAGUUCAAUCAGUGGACAGACCUCGUCAACGGCCGGGGGCACCUUUCCCCUCAACCGUUUAAGGAUCCGAAACGUCCGCUGCGCAUGGAGCUGGGUGCUCCCGGCCUCCUAAGCAGCAUUCACUUUGUCCCAGAUACUGUCCCAUCUUCCCCGUUGGGCAGCGAGGAGAUCCAGAUAGAUUCCAAGGCCUUCGGCAUCAAUUUCCGCGACGUCUUCGUCGCGCUCGGCCAGCUCUCUCUCGGGACUUUCAUGGGCGAAUGCGCCGGUGUCGUCACGGCGGUCGGGUCCGGCGAGUUCGUGCAAGCAACCUACAAGAUUGGCGACCGCGUGGUCGGCAUGCACGCCCAGCCGUUUGCCAGCUACUCCCGGCUGAGCGGGUACGAGGCCCAUGUUCUGCCGGACAAUGUCAGCUUCGCGGAAGCGGCAUCGAUCCAGGUGGUUUACACCACAGUGUACUACAGCCUCGUCCACGUGGCACGCCUCGAACCAGGAAAAACGGUGCUGAUUCACGCUGGUUCCGGCGGAGUCGGUCAGGCUGCGAUACAGCUUGCGAGGCAUCUAGGUGCCGACGUGUUUGUCACGGUUGGCAGCGAGGAGAAGCGGCAGUUCCUCAUUCGCGACUAUGGGAUUCCGGAGAGCCACAUCCUCUCCUCGCGCGCCACGCCUAGCGACUUCAAGCGCCGUCUGAUGCGGCUGACGGGGAACCGAGGUGUUGACGUGGUGCUCAACUCGACGUCGGGCGAGAUGUUGGCAGAGUCGUGGGAUUGUGUCGCUUCUUUCGGGUAUCACAUCGAGCUCGGCAAAUCUGACAUUGACAAGGGCAGACACAUCAGCAUGGCGCCGUUCAAGCGGAACGUCACAUUCGCCUCGGUUGAUUUGGUGGUCAUCUCUCAGGAGCGACCUAAGUUGUUCUACUUGGUCCUGGACAAGGUCAUCGGCUUGUUUGCACAAGGUGUCCUAAGGCCAGUACACCCACUCAACAUCUUCCCUAUCGAUCGUCUCGAAUCGGCCUUCAGGCUGAUUUCAGAGAGGAAGCACAUGGGCAAAGUGGUAGUAGACGUCGGAGAUGACGGCGGUACUGUCCAGGCGACCCUACCCUCGCCACCUGCUGUUCAAUUGAAGUCCAACGGCACAUACAUCAUUGCAGGCGGUCUAGGCGACAUAGGUCGAAUGUUGGUCAAACAUUUGGCCAGCCGCGGCGCCGGGCACAUUGUGACCCUCUCGCGCAGGAAGCUCGGUGAUGAAGAGCGAGUUGCGUGGGAAGCGGAGGUCGAGAAAUCAGGAGCGAGACUUCACGUCUUGCAAUGCGAUAUCACGGACCAUCAGAGCGUCCAAAAGACGGCCGAGUAUUGCCGACGGUCCCUACCGCCGGUUCGGGGACUCUUCCAUGCCGGGAUGGUCUUGAAGGACCGCCCCUUGGUCAAGAUGACGCCAGAGGAAUGGAAUUCGGUCCUCGCGCCCAAGGUCUUUGGGACGUGGAACCUAGACAAGGCUUUCAGCUCUCCAGACCUCGAUUUCUUCGUCACGCUCGCGUCUCUUGCGGGCACGCUCGGCAACCCAGGACAAUCGAACUACAGUGCCGCUAAUGCUUUCCAGGACUAUUUCGUGACACACCAUGAGAGGAUCUAUCCAACUCGCUACGUCUCGGUCGACCUGCCCCUGGUCGACGAGACGUCGGCCAUCAACGCCAUGAAGGCCGAAAACCGCGACUUUGUCGGUAAGGGAUCCAUCCUGUUCGACGUCCAAGAGCUGCUGCAGUUGAUGGACUACGCCAUGGACCCUUCUGUCGAGUUAGACAGGCCAUUUUUGCAUUCCCUCAUGGGCUUCGACAGGCAGUCAAUGAAGAUCGGCUCGGGAGACUACGUCUGGGCUGCCAUGUUCCGAACGAUCCCUCGAUUGCCGGUAUCGGACUCCCAUGACCAUGGGAACUCUGCUAUCAAGUGCGACGUGGAGGGUUUGCUGCGGAGCGCCACCACGUUUGACGAGGCUGUCAAGGUCAUCCUCGAGACGACCAUUGAGAAAUUCGUCGCAUUCCUCAAUCUCGAAGCAGAUGACGUAGGCCCUCACCAAGCUCUUUCGUCGUUUGGCCUUGACUCGCUUGUCUCGAUCGAGCUGAAGAACUGGAUGGUGCGCACCUUCAAGGUUACCCUCCAGGCCUCAGAAUUGACCAGUGCGCCGAGCAUUACACACCUGGCCGAGACCCUGGCGUCCAGGUCCAAGCUGCUCCCUGCAAACCUCACCAAGCAGGGGCAGACACAGGAGGAAUCAAGCCGAGAGGAGGAGCCAGACCACAGUAAGGAACACUUUGGGGAGGACGCUGCUGUUGCAUCUCACAACGACACGGGCGUCAAAAGCCUGGAAUGCUGUGCUCUGCCUGACGAAGAGGCCCGACAGCCAGUACCUGAUUUGGACGAAGCUAUGCAGAACCACAUCCAAAACAUUGCCCACUUUGCCCUGAGCGACGACGAAGUCGAGCACCUGCGGGCAGCUGUGCGAGAGCUCACGUCGCCGGGCAGCACCGGCCAGCAGGUCUACCAGGCAAUCCAGAAGGACGCCCGUGAUCCGAAAGUAGCCAAUUGGGUUUCGAGACACCUGGCUGAGGACUUCCACCUCCGCAUGCGACAGCCCCUCCAAUACACCAACUUUAUGGCCAUAAACCACCCGAGCUACGUCGCGCAUACGCAAGCCGAGCGCGCUGCACUGCUUGCCGCGACCGCGUUCCAAUUCAAGAAAGAUAUCGACAAUGGGACGGUUGAAGCGCUGUUCAUCAUGGAUACGCCCGUGUGCAAGGCUCCGCUGAAGUGGUUGUUCAACACGUACCGGCGACCUCAGGUUGGCAUGGACGAAAUUGUGAAAGGGGCCGGUGACUACUGCGUCGUGUUUAGACGCGGUCGGCUCUUUCAGGUUCCCUUGCAGGAUGGGGAGGCUCCCGCGUCCUUCGACUCCCUGAAAACCGCCAUGACGGCCAUUCUGGAAACCGUACGUGAUGAAGGGACCUGGGCGGGGAUCUUGACGAGCGACAACCGCGACUCUUGGGCGAAGAUACGCAACGAGCUGCUGGCGGCUAGUCCCGCCAACGCCCACUACUUCCAGACGAUUGAGGCUGCCGCUUUUGCCAUUAACCUUGAUGAUGGCAACCCUGUCGGCUACGCAGAUUUGGCGAAACAGGGCAAGCUAGGCGACGGCUUCAACCGGUGGAACGACAAGCCGCUGCAGUUCGUCGUCACGGCAAACGGCAACUCGGGCGUCAUCGUCGAACACUCACACCUCGACGGCACGACGCCUGCUCCACUAUACGACCGGGUCCGCGACGCCAUUGCCUCCUACAAGCCGAGCGCGGCCCGCGAGCCUACACCCGAAGAAGGAGCGCCGACACCGCAAGAGAUUCCUCUGGUCCUUCCCCGGAGCUUGGACGCGCACCUCGCCACACUCCGCGACAGGUGGCUCGAGGCCAGCGUAUCCCGCGACUUCAUCUCGCACGAGUUGCGCACGCUUGGCGCUCAUCUUCUCGGCCAGAACAAAGUCCCCAUCAAGGGCGGGUACGACCUCCUCUGCCAGCUGGCGCUGUAUCUGUACAAUGGACGGCGCAUCACGCCAAACUGGGCUCCUGUGAUGUUGGCGCACUUCCACGAAGGGCGCCACGACAUGGUUCAGUUGGCGUCGGAGCCGGUGCGGGACUUCUGCCAGGCAGCAGCAGCAUUGGUCAGCGAGGAUAAUGAGCAGCGGCGACGGAGUUGCCGGACACUCAUGCUGGAGGCGGCGCGCGACGUCAGCCGGCGUGUGACCGAGGCAAAGGACGGACGGGGAUUUUACCGGCUGUUCACCGUCAUGGAGCAGCAAUGGCCCGCCGGGGUUCCCAAGGCGGCCGUGUUCGACGACGCGCUCCUGAAGAGGGGCAUGGACUUCACGGCCGUGACGAAUAUCAACCACGCCUCGGUGGAAAGUGUGACGACGCCAUUGGAUCCGAGUGUGCUGAGACUGCGGUAUACGAUUCGUGAUGAUCAUUCCCUCAUUAGUCUGAAUUGCCCGGUUGGGACGGCCGAGAAACUCGUCCAGAGUGUGGAGGAAGCGGCUUCGAUAAUUCGGGAUCUGAGUCUGGCCAGCUAA